CUUGACCCUUGAGUGACAGCAAUGCUGCCCAAUGGGGUCGUCUAAUCCCCGCCCUCUGCUCAACGAGGCUGGGGGAGUCGGGCCAGGGUUUCUCUCUUUCUGUGUCUCAUUCGCAAGAUGGCGGAGGCUGCAAACUGCAUCAUGGAGAAUUUUGUAACCACGCUGGCUAAUGGGAUGAGCCUGCAGACUCCGCUAGAAGAUGUAACUCCCCACUCCUGGGGGCAGUCAGGGGGUAGAGCAAUUCAGGAGGUCUCAUGCACCCAGCCAGAAAGCAGCGUCAAGCCAACGGCGGAGGAGAUGACCUCCAAGGAUUACUAUUUUGAUUCUUAUGCCCACUUCGGGAUCCAUGAGGAAAUGCUGAAAGACGAGGUGCGCACGCUGACCUACAGAAAUUCCAUGUUUCAUAAUCGACAUCUCUUCAAAGACAAAGUGGUCUUGGACGUUGGCAGCGGAACUGGAAUCCUCUGCAUGUUUGCAGCCAAGGCUGGUGCGAAGCGUGUCAUUGGGAUUGAAUGUUCCAGUAUUUCUGAUUAUGCUGUGAAAAUUGUCAAAGCGAACAAACUUGAUCAUGUGGUGUCUAUCAUCAAGGGCAAAGUGGAGGAAGUGGAACUGCCUGUGGAGAAGGUUGACAUAAUAAUCAGUGAGUGGAUGGGAUACUGCCUCUUCUAUGAGUCCAUGCUGAAUACUGUAAUCUACGCAAGGGACAAGUGGCUGACUCCUGAUGGACUCAUAUUCCCAGACCGUGCUACACUGUACAUCACAGCGAUUGAAGAUCGGCAGUACAAAGAUUACAAGAUCCACUGGUGGGAGAAUGUGUAUGGCUUUGACAUGUCAUGUAUUAAAGACGUGGCCAUCAAAGAACCUUUGGUGGAUGUCGUGGACCCAAAGCAGUUGGUCACCAAUGCUUGCCUUAUCAAAGAGGUGGACAUUUACACAGUGAAGGUGGAGGACCUCACUUUCACGUCGCCCUUCUGUCUUCAGGUGAAGCGCAAUGACUACAUUCACGCCUUGGUCGCCUAUUUCAACAUAGAGUUCACUCGUUGCCAUAAGCGCACCGGAUUCUCCACCAGCCCCGAAUCGCCCUACACUCACUGGAAGCAGACAGUCUUUUACAUGGAGGACUACUUAACAGUGAAGACAGGAGAAGAGAUAUUUGGCACCAUUGGUAUGAAGCCCAACGCAAAGAACAACCGAGAUCUGGACUUCACCAUUGAUCUGGACUUCAAGGGCCAGUUGUGUGAGCUGUCCUGUUCAACGGAUUACCGGAUGCGUUAGCCCCUCUGCCUCCUGCCAGUGUUUCUCUUCCUCCUCCAGCCGACCUUGCACCCAGAGCUAACCCUCCUUGUCUUAUUCUGUUGGCGUAUCACUAAUUCAUUUCAUUGUGUAGUUUCCUGUUGCUACAACUCUGGGCCAGCAAGGAGAGGGUCAGUAUUAGAGGCUAGGGGGAAAAUAGCCAAGAUGCCCCCCCUCAACUCCAUUGCCCCUCGUUUUCGAAAUCCUCCCCUUCUCCCCCAGCCAGGAACUGAGGCUGUUAGCACAAUUUAAGACGCGCACGUGGUAUGUCCAUCCGUCCGUUUGUCCUGAGGGCCAACAGCAGACUUCCAUCAUGAAUUUUUAUUUUUGUUAGUUGAAAUCAUUGUUGACCUCUAUCGCACUGUGUUGCCUAGAAUUUGCUCUCUCCCACCCCAAUUUCCAGAAUAAUUCUGCUCUUCGGCAUCUCCUCCCCUCUAAUCAAAUGCUGCUCGGUUUUUUCCAAUCUAAACCUCUCUAUCCAGCGUCCAGUCGGGGGGGGGGGCGUUCCAACAAAUUUUUUUUAAAAAAAACCAAGAGGGCAUACAGAGAUGUUUGAGGGCGGAAAAGGCAUCUCCAUUUUGUGAGUGUUUUUUUCACUGACAGUUUUGUACUUCUCCCUCUUACAUUUGGUUUCGAUCUACAGUAUAGGGUGGGUGGGAGUGGUGUUUUUUUUUUUUAAUCCUGUGCCCUUGGAAAGCUGACAAUUUGUGUGACUUUCAUAACUUAUGGUUUUUAUAUGGUUACAUUCAUGAGGAAAUAAAAAAUAAAGAGGUUGAAACCAAUUGUUCACCCCUUCUU